GACAGCCUGGCGACUGGGACUGCAAAGAGUGCGGAGCUGUCAAUUUCGCUCGGCGCGAAAGUUGUUUUCGCUGCCAUGCGCCGCGCUACCCUCCUCCACCGGUCACGGCGCCGCGCCACCCUCCGCCGCCGGUCGCUUCGAAAGUGGAGCGCAGAGAAGGUGAUUGGGAUUGCCCUCGGUGUGCUGUGCUAAACUUCUCCUGGCGAACGAGCUGCUUGAACUGCGGCUACCACAAGGGAGGCGAAGAGGAGGACGAGGAGGCCGCGGAUGUCCAGACGGAAGUUGACGGAUCCGUGGCCCCGAACAGCCCGCCGAUGCACCCAGCUACGCCGGCAGCGCCGGCACAGCUGCCUCCGGGUGAGGCGAUGAAGACACUCUUCAGGCUUUCGCCCAAAUUUCGAGCAUCCUGGAUGGAGCACACUCGGAGGAAAGGCAUCGAAG